CUAACGUUUUUUUCUGUGCACAAGAAGGGCCGCUUAUUCAUAACACUCCCAGACGCAGGUGUAGACCAGGCUACCUAUUCAUAUGCUCUGCACUUUUCUUCGAUCAAUACCUACACAUCGAGACCAAGGAACUUCGGGAGGAAUUACCAGCCGGAGAAUGGUUUCGCAAUGUUAAUUGAUAUUUGGUGCGGUUAUUUUGUUCUCUCUCAUCCAUACUUCCCGAGCGCAAAUGACUUGACAUGGAUUGUGGUCGCUGUUAGGGACUUUAUUUGUGAAAAAUAGAGGAAGAAUUUAACACGAUGACUGACCAGUACAGUAUGUUUCUUACCACCGCUCCCCCUCUGAGAAGAGGAAGCACACCUCUACCAAUCAAGCACCAGCUGAAGCGGGAGGAGGCCGUAUCAGAGGACCGUGAUUGGAUACCAGGGAUUGACAAACCAUCCACACUGCCAAUCAGUGACACUCUUUGCCAGGAUGAAUCAUUUGGUCAGGCGGCGGAGGGAUAUCAGGGGAGUGCUAUAAGGAUCGUACUACUUGGGCAGAAUGGGGUUGGAAAAUCAUCGCUGGCUCUGUCCCUGGCUGGACUGUCAGACAGAUCUCUUUCGGUGGACUCUGAAACAGCCUGUGGAGAAGGCUACGAGCGCACAGUGUCAGUUGACGAUGAGGAGAGUUCAGUCAUCAUUUAUGACAACUGGAAACAGGACCUGUCCACGCUGCAGUGUGAGGUGGUUGUCCUGGUGUUCUCGGUGACUGACAGGAGGAGUUUCCAGCGCACUGCACAGCUCCGCCUCAUCCUCAGGGAGUCACUGCCCCACACUCCCAUCAUCCUCGUGGGCAACAAGAGUGACCUUGUCCGUUGUCGAGAGAUCAGCACAGAGGAGGCCCACUCCAGUGCCAUGAUGUAUGACUGCCAAUAUCUGGAGCUGUCUGCCUCCCUGGACCACGGCACCACCGAGUUGCUGGAGGGAGCAGUGAAGGCUGCCAGGGGUGACUGCGUGGGGCCAGGCUGGACGGAGGGGGACCCCGGGGCAGGGCGCAGGGAGAGCCUGACCAGCAAGGCCAAGCGCUUCCUGACUGGCCUGGUGCCACGCUCCUAUGGCCGAGGAGACAGAGAUCGAGGCCAAUACAGGGAGAUGAGCAGGCACCGGGGGAGCAAGAUCCUCCGACAGAAAUCACGCUCCUGCCAUGACCUCAGUGCAAUGUGACACAUCAGACAGACAGACAGAGAGAGGGGAUGGGAGGUGUGUGAAACGGGUAAAGAAUGAAGGAGGACAACAGGGGAUGGGAGAUAAGUUAUGGAAGGGGAAAAUGAAUAGGAGGAGAGAGAGAGAGAGAGAGAGAGAGAGCAAACAACCAACCAACCAACCUGGUUAGAAAUGAGGCAGUACCUGAGGGCAGGAGAAUGAAAGAGAGGUGAAGUCAUCAGAAUUGCGAGAUGAGAUGGAUACGAGACGAUUCAUUACGCAAUGAGAGAGAAAAAAAACAAUGAAGAGUGAUAUUGGAGAAAGAUUAAUGAAUCAAGAAGGAAAAACGGUGAUUGGAAAAUGUGCAAGGUGGAAAAGAAUUGCUCACAAAUUAAUACACCCAAGAGGCAUGUAGUGUCUGAUUAUGUAGAGACUGAUAUAGAUCUAAUAUAGACCUAAUGAUUAUGUAGAGAUUGAUAGAGAUCUAAUGUAGACCUAAUGAUUAUGUAGAGACUGAUAGAGAUCUAAUAUAGACCUAAUGAUUAUGUAGAGACUGAUAGAGAUCUAUUGUACACCUAAUGAUUAUGUAGAGACUGAUGGAGAUCUAAUGUAGACCUAAUGAUUAUGUAGAGACUGUUGGAGAUCUAAUGUAGACCUAAGGAUUAUGUAGAAACUGAUGGAGAUCUAAUGUAGACCUAAUGAUUAUGUAGAGACUGAUAGAGAUCUAAUGAUUAUGUAGAGACUGAUAGAGAUCUAAUGUAGACCUAAUGAUUAUGUAGAGACUGAUGAUCUAAUGUAGACCUAAUUACUAUAUGUAGAGACUGAUGGAGAUCUAAUGUAGAUCUAAUGAUUAUGUAGAGACUGAUGGAGAUCUAAUGUAGACCUAAUGAUUAUGUAGACUGAUGGAGAUCUAAUGUAGACCUAAUGAUUAUGUAGAGACUGAUGGAGAUCUAAUGUAGACCUAAUGAUUAUGUAGAGACUGUUGGAGAUCUAAUGUAGACCUAAGGAUUAUGUAGAAACUGAUGGAGAUCUAAUGUAGACCUAAUGAUUAUGUAGAGACUGAUAGAGAUCUAAUGAUUAUGUAGAGACUGAUAGAGAUCUAAUGUAGACCUAAUGAUUAUGUAGAGACUGAUGAUCUAAUGUAGACCUAAUUACUAUAUGUAGAGACUGAUGGAGAUCUAAUGUAGAUCUAAUGAUUAUGUAGAGACUGAUGGAGAUCUAAUGUAGACCUAAUGAUUAUGUAGACUGAUGGAGAUCUAAUGUAGACCUAAUGAUUAUGUAGAGACUGAUGGAGAUCUAAUGUAGACCUAAUGAUUAUGUAGAGACUGAUGGAGAUCUAAUGUAGAUCUAAUUAUUAUGUAGAGACUGAUGGAGAUCUAAUGUAGACCUAAUGAUUAUGUGGAGACUGAUAGAGAUCUAAUAUAGACCUAAUGAUUAUGUAGAGACUGAUAGAGAUCUAUUGUACACCUAAUGAUUAUGUAGAGACUGAUGGAGAUCUAAUGUAGACCUAAUGAUUAUGUAGAGACUGUUGGAGAUCUAAUGUAGACCUAAGGAUGAUGUAGAAACUGAUGGAGAUCUAAUGUAGACCUAAUGAUUAUGUAGAGACUGAUAGAGAUCUAAUGUAGACCUAAUGAUUAUGUAGAGACUGAUAGAGAUCUAAUGUAGACCUAAUGAUUAUGUAGAGACUGAUGAUCUAAUGUAGACCUAAUUACUAUAUGUAGAGACUGAUGGAGAUCUAAUGUAGAUCUAAUGAUUAUGUAGAGACUGAUGGAGAUCUAAUGUAGACCUAAUGAUUAUGUAGACUGAUGGAGAUCUAAUGUAGACCUAAUGAUUAUGUAGAGACUGAUGGAGAUCUAAUGUAGACCUAAUGAUUAUGUAGAGACUGAUGGAGAUCUAAUGUAGAUCUAAUUAUUAUGUAGAGACUGAUGAAGAUCUAAUGUAGACCUAAUGAUUAUGUAGAGACUGAUGGAGAUCUAAUGUAGACCUAAGGAUUAUGUAGAGACUGAUAGAGAUCUAAUGUAGACCUAAUGAUUAUGUAGAGACUGAUAGAGAUCUAAUGUAGACCUAAUGAUUAUGUAGAGACUGAUAGAGAUCUAAUGUAGACCUAAUGAUUAUGUAGAGACUGAUAGAGAUCUAAUGUAGACCUAAUGAUUAUGUAGAGACUGAUAGAGAUCUAAUGUAGAUCUAAUGAUUAUGUAGAGACUGAUAGAGAUCUAAUGUAGACCC